AUGGGUUCACAGGGGAUGCCAACCGCACCGCCCUCCAUUGACAAUGUCUCGUAUCAGUCCGUCACACGCUCCAAUGCGCAGCCCAUUUCUAUGGAAACGAGCACGCGAAGCAGCAGGAUCUUCUUCAACAACAGUAUCAGCGAGAACAGCAGAAAUAAGAAUGAAAAUGACUCCAUAUCGCACCAAGACAGUAAAGGUUUCUCCUGGAACCCAUACAAGAGGCUUCAGGUAGAUACCGUUGUCGAGUCGACAGAGUCUUCGCACCAGAGACCCAAAGAGGCAUUGCCUUCGGCUACCUCCUCUUCCCUCCUUUGUUGUUGUUGUUGCUGCUCUCACUGUCAAGCACACUCCCCCGUUAUGGCAUUGCCGUGGCGAGGCUGUGUGAAUGGCACGAGUGGUGUGGAGUCCGCCUCCACCUUCAACUUCACGGGACACAGAUCACGUGCUGUUGCCCAACGGAGAUCUGCGUUCUGCGUGCACCCACCGCCUGUUGCGCAGGUCUGGGUAAACGGUGGCACAAUCAGCGAGGACUCGUCCAGUGGGAGUACACCAAAAUCAUUAAUGCUGGAGGAAAUGCUGCGGGACUUUCGGGAGCGGCUUCGUUACCCAAGACCACUCCCACACUGUCUAUAG